GUCCUCCGGGCGGGGCCUCCGGCAGCUUCCGGCCGAGGCGUGCAGGGCGGUGUGGGCUUUGUGGCCACCCGGGUCUGAGCGGCUCGGUGCGGUUUGGCUUGGUUCCGCGCUGCCCUCUUGUCGCCGGGCUCCGGGGCAAAGUACAUAAAGUGUCGAGAACCGUGCCAUUGAGGCUCUGAACUGGACCACUGGAGCCAUUCCAAUCACCAAGGGAUUCAAUUGAGGGAACUAGAGUAUAAGGCCACUGAAAGGGUGAAAGUUUGGAAGUAUGGAGAUCCUAACUGGGUUCUUGGCUUCAAGAUUCUACUGUAGGAGCUGGGGACAAGAAGGUGAUCUUGAAGCCUGAAUUUCCAGGGAUGAAAAUUCACAUAAUAUGAUGUCAGACAAACUCACAGUGCUGGAGCCUUCCGUCUCUGAGCCUGGGGAAUUUCAGGAAGACAGAUUAGUGCAGCUGCUGGGGAAUCCAGAAAGGAAGAUCAUAGAGAGUUCUCCCUCUCAGGAGGGGAGCCUCAAACAGAUGACAGUGACCCGCUGGAAAAUUCAAACAGGAGAAACAGCACAGAUGUGUAGUAAGUCAGGAAGGAAUCCUACUCUUAACUCAAAUCUUCUUAUACUUCAGAGAGAGCUUAUAGAAGGGGAGACCCAUUCUUGUGGUAUUGGUAGCAAAAGCUUCUCAUUUAAUUCAAAUGUAGUUCCACAUCAGAUUUCUCAUACGGGGGAGAAGCCUUACCAGUGUGAUCGUUGUGGGAAAGCCUUCAGUCAGAACUCCCUCCUCACUGAACAUCAGAGAGUCCACACUGGGGACAGACUCUAUGUGUGCAAUGUAUGUGGGAAAGACUUUAUUCAUUAUACAAACCUGGUUGAACAUCAACAUGUACAUACAGAUGAAAAGCCAUUCAAGUGUGCACAGUGUGGAAAAGCAUUCUGUCACAGUUCAGAUCUGCUUAGGCACCAGAGGGUCCACACCAGAGAGAGGCCUUUUGAAUGCAAAGAGUGUGGGAAAGGCUUCAGCCAGAGCUCCUUACUCAUUCGCCAUCAAAGAAUUCACACAGGAGAGAGACCCUAUGAGUGUAAUGAGUGCGGGAAAUCUUUCAUUCGGAGCUCAAGCCUUAUUCGGCAUUACCAGAUCCACACAGAGGUAAAACAGUAUGAGUGCAGAGACUGUGGGAAAGCCUUCCGACACCGUUCGGACCUCAUUGAGCACCAGAGAAUUCACACUGGGGAGAGACCCUUUGAGUGUCAUGAGUGUGGGAAGGCCUUUAUUCGAAGCUCAAAGCUCAUUCAGCAUCAGAGAAUUCAUACUGGAGAGAGGCCUUACGUAUGCAAUGAGUGUGGGAAGCGUUUCAGUCAGACAUCCAACUUCACUCAGCAUCAGAGAAUCCAUACAGGGGAAAAACUCUAUGAGUGUGACGAGUGUGGGAAAGCCUUCUUUCUGAGUUCAUACCUUAUACGACACCAGAAAAUCCACACUGGUGAGCGGGUGUAUGAAUGCAAAGAAUGUGGCAAGGCUUUUCUGCAGAAGGCCCACCUCACUGAGCAUCAGAAGAUCCACACUGGAGACAGACCCUUUGAGUGCAAAGACUGUGGGAAAGCCUUCAUCCAGAGCUCUAAGCUGUUGCUGCAUCAAAUUGUCCAUACUGGAGAGAAGCCCUAUGUGUGCAGUUACUGCGGGAAAGGCUUUAUACAGAGGUCCAACUUCCUUCAGCACCAGAAGGUGCAUACUGAAGAGAAGCUCUACAAGUACAGUCAGCAUGGAAAAGAUCUUACGCCACCCCCAGAUCUUGUCCACCAGGAGGAUCUUUCCCUGAGUGAGACUUCCAUUCAUUUAGGAGAGAGAGCUACAGAUCAGGAGUGUCAUGCAGAUAAUUUAUAAGAUAAUUACUCUUGGAGUCAGUAAUCACUGUUUGGAAAUGGGCAUAUAUACCUAGUAUAUCUAAGAUGUGGACGUCACAGUUUUCUGAGUCACAGAUGGGCUGCUUUUGUCUGUCACCAUAGCAGGAAAACUGAGGGACUGGACAGUUGACUUUGAGCUGAACACUUAGGGAAAGCCUCUAGAGAAUUUUCUAGGUUUUCUUUGAAGUUACAGUGCACCGUUGAUUUAAACCCUUUCAGAGCAGAGCUGUAUUGCUUGAGAAAUGGUUACCUAUCUGAAAGGUUGAGGAAAGGGGCUUUUUCUCAUGCAAAGUGUCAGUUGGUUCCUGUUGUCUGGGACUAAACUCCAAGCCAUGGGGUUUAUACUCCUUGGCCUUUGCUUUCUCAACUGUUUGACUCCUGGUAACACAUUUGAUGUACCUCUGCCCACAUCCUCCAGGCUGUUCCCACUCCUGUUUCUGAUGGGUCUCCCCCUUUCUCCCAAUUGCUCCUGAUUAUUAUGUGAGGCCUCUCUCAGGCACCAUGCUGCAAAAUGCUCCCUUAGCACUGAGCUGGGUUUGUGCCCUGUGCUUCUGUUUCUCAGUGCUUACUUCACUACUGUACUUGCUUUUAAAUUCCACAAUUUUGAAUUCUUUUUUCAUUGUGCUCUGUUCCCUGAGGACAGGGAUCAUAUGUCAUUGAUUCCUAUGUCCCUAGCACAUGACAAUAAACAAAAUAAAAACCCAA